AUGUCACGAGAAGAGCUCGGCUGCCGCGCCGGUGCUGUUCCGCGACCGAUACCCACUGCCCUCAUCGCGGAGACCCUGCAGAAUCUGGCCAAGGCUAAGUGGUUCAAGUUGGACGUGGUGGCCGCUUUCCAUAAGAUCCGCAUGGCUCCGGGACAUGAGGGAAAGACUGCAUUUCGCACGAGGUUUGGGCUCUACGAGUGGCUCGUGUGCCCUUUCGGCCUGAGCGGCGCCCCGGCAUCAUUCCAACGAUACAUGAACAGUGUAUUGCGCGAAUGGCUGGACGACUUUGUCACAGCGUACCUGGAUGAUGUACUGAUCUACUCGAGCGGUUCGAAGGCGGAUCAUGAGGCUAAGGUGCGACGAGUUCUCCAAGCACUCGCCGACGCUGGGCUGCACCUAGACCCAGCGAAGUGCGAGUUUUCGGUACAAGAGCAGCGCGCCAUCCGCGAAUGGGAGGCCCCGACCACGGUGAAGGGUGUCAGAAGCUUUCUGGGCUUCGCCAACUAUUACCGGAUCUUCAUCCCCGACUAUGCCAAGAUCACGCAGUCUCUGGAUGCCCUGCUUAAGAAAGGAACUGCCUUUCAUUGGGGACGAGCGGAGAACGAGGCGUUUCAGGAGCUGAAGCGACGAUUUUGCGAGUCACCGGUGCUCAAGCAGUGGGACCCGAGCCUCCUGACCUUUUGGAGACGGAUUGCUCAGGCUACGCAUUGGGAGGCGUCCUGUCGCAGGAAGCGACUUUCGCCAGCGGAGUACAACUAUCCCAUUCACGACAAGGAGAUGCUUGCCAUCAUGAGAUGUCUCGACAACUGGAACGCCGAACUUAGGAGCUGCGGCCCAUUUACAAUCCUUACCGAUCACCGCAACCUGAGUAUUUCAUGA